AUGUCAUCUUGGGAUCUUUUGGACGACAAGGAGGAGGCGGAACUCCACAAGACGCGUCUAGUUAAUAUCGAGGAGAAGCCCUUCAAGCGCAUCACGAAGAGACUCGCCUCGAUCUCCGCCAUCGCAAAUGCUCAGACGAAACAACAGCCCACUCCGCCUCCCGAGGGCGCAAAUGGCGAGAAGGACGCCGACACCGAAAUGAAGGAGGAAUCCGCCGCCAGCAAGACCCGCGAGAUCAACCAGAUCAAAGAAGACCUGACCCUCGACUUCGCCGCCUUCGAAAGCAGCAUCGCCCGCCUGCAGUUCCUCCUCGACGCCAACGUCCGCGAGCGCGCACGCUACGAGGCCGACCAGAAGCGCAUCCUCGCAGAGUCGCAGAGCGUACGCGAGAACAACACGAAGCUGCGCGAGCAGCUGGACGGUGCGAAGGCCACGCUUGCUCAACGUAAGGAGUAUGACAAGCUGGCCAACGCGUUGAUGGCCAAGGGACUGCGACCGCGCGUCGAACAGGAAGCCAACCUGAAGAAGCUGGAGGAGGAAAUCAAGGAUCUGGAGCGCGAGAGCGAGACAUACGGUGUGACGUGGCGCGAGCGGAAGGAGCAGUUCAGCAAGAUCAUGGACGAGGGCAUGUUGCUGCGCCGGCAGAUUCGUGACGAGAAGGAGGAAGUCGAAAGACGCGAGGGCAUGAACGAGGACGAGGAGGACGGCGAGGCCUCCAGAGGAGGACAGACACCGCGACACGUCUCUAGUGGAAACGUCACGCCGCACCCCGACAGUGGCGCCAUUUCAAGAGCGACACCGGGUCAAGACGGCCAGUCGGAGGAUCAGUCAGAGGGUUUGAAGCCGCGACCUGGUGGUUUGGGAAGCUUCUCGCGGUCUGGAAGCGCCGUACCAAGCCAAGGCGGCACGCCUCGUCCCCAGCCUGAUGAUGACGAGAUUGAGGAGGGAGAGGAUGUUGAGAUGGACGACCGGCAAGACACCCAAGUCACUUCUGGAGGCGACACACCUCAGAUCACAGUGGAUGCACCGGACAGCAUGGAAGUUGACAAUUAG